GAUGUCGGAGGCAUCGAGCCCGUCUUGACGACCUCUCUUGUGCAAGUGACAAUUGCGAAAACCUGCUAUUCAGCGGACGUGGAAACGCCGGAAUCCUUCCUCGAAUCGUUUCGCUUCCGGUGGAAUGUGGCCUGGAGUGGCCUCUACUUGCAUAGUGCAGGGGAGAGUGUCGUAGCCCAGCAGCGCUGGCUGGCUGCCCAGAGCCCUGGCGUCUACACGCUCUGCUGGUGCAACAACGACACGGCAGGGGCCUGCGAGUCGAUCUCAGACUUCAAUGUUUCGGUCGGGCAUCUGGCCCUGCGGGGGCCGAACAAGCAAGAGACGAGGAUGGUGACCAUCGGAGAGGAUCUGGAGCUGCCUGUGUCUGGUGUUUGGAUCUCCACCAGCGGAAUUGUUCGCAUCCAGCCAAGCUGUGGAGAAUCUCAAGCUCAGAGAUCUUUGGAAUCUGAGUCUGUGAUCUCAACUGGCGCCGAGUUUAUCUACAGCUUCGGCUUUGUCACCGAGGAUCAGCUUCCCCCUGGAACAUACAGCCUGUGUUGGUGUGAACCAGAGUACAGCUCGAUUCCAGCAAUCACUUGCUCAAGCCCUGCAGACUUUGUGACCUUCAUUUCAGAAGUUUAUGUUCGCUGCCCAGCCGGGCAGUUCAGUGCCAAUGACGGUCCUUGCACAUCCUGUGCGAUGUUCUGGGAAGAGCCUAACAUCUGGCGAAACCAAUGCCUGGCAGAUGCAUUAAACCUUGGCGCUGUUAUUGGCAUCCUUAUCUGCUAUUUCAUUGGCUGGAUCGUGCUAUGGUAUCAGGUGGGAAUCCUUACUUCCAAGGACGACCAAAGCUGCAGAUGCUUAGGUCUAUCUGGUCGCAAGGUGCAUCUGGAGGAUAUCACCUCAAGCCUUUCCAAAAAUGGGGACUCAUUCGCCACGAUCACGACCAGUGGACGCCACUAUCUGUCUGCUCGCUUCGGCGCCUUCCCUAUCUACUUCUAUCAAACAGGACACUACAGGCUCGACCGAAGACCUGCAGCUCGCAAGGUCUUGUACUCCGCACGGCCCUUGGGACCUCGCCGACUGCAGCUCUUGGAUGAGACUGGCAAGCCGGUUGGCGAAGCCGAGACAUCUCGGGGCUACUUCGUGCUGCCCUUCGUCCGCUGUGUCCUCCACAGCGAUGUGGUUUGCAAUGGGCUGCCAGCAGUCAUUGUUGCUCCUAUCCUGAUUCUUUGCUCACCGCCCUUGCUGCUGAUGGCACACUUGGACUACCAG